AUGCUAGCUAUAAAUAUUUCUCUUCCUUCUCUGCCUUUUCUCUUCUUUCUCUUUCUCUUCCCCGCCCCUCCCUUGAGACAUCAACGCCAGCCUUGGCUCUCAAUCGCGACAACCUCGGAUUUUCCAGAGUCAAUCAACAACACCGGACUCACCUGGAAAUUAAACAACAACCUCGGACUGGCAGAGGAACUUAAGGAGGAGGGUGGGUGGGAUUCGACAACCCCAGAUUCACCGGGGCUAUCUGGAUUUUCGGGGGAGAAGUGGCUGAGGGUCCAGGUGGAAAUGGACGACAAUCCCAGAUUCACCGGGGAAUCAAACAGAAUCCUCAGACACGCCGAGGUCAAUCAACAACCCAAGCAUACUCGCCGGGCAUAUCUGCAUUCUGGACCUGGGGAGGUAGAUGGCUGUUGGGGGGACCUGGUGGAUAUGGACGACAAACCCAGAUUCACCGGGCAAUCAAACAAAAUCCUCAGACUCACCGAGGUCAACCAACAACAUCAGACUCGCCGGGCAAAUUUGGAUUCUGGACCUGGGGAGGGAGAUGGCUGUCAGGAGGACCUGGUGGAUUUUAAGGACGACAGCCUCAGAAUCACCGGGGCAGGACGAAACGAUUCCUCUCGACGAACUGUGCCGCCGCCCUGGACACUUAUGGAUCAUCUCUCUCACUUUUAG